ACUAAAAUAGCUUUUUCUACAAUAUUUUGAUCGUUUUUAAGAUACAAUCAAGCAGUUAGUGAUACGAAAUCGCAAAAACAGAAAAUGACAAAUAUUGCUAAUAAAUAACAAUCAAAUUCUGUUUUAAAAUUUCAAAUGCUCCAAUCAUUUCGCCUUCAACGCUCAAAUAACAAGACACGCAUUUUGAUCGGUACAACCACCCACGGUAUAUCUAAUCAUACCUGUCAUGUAAGACACUGCUAACCAAAUAAAAGGAAAGGAAAGUAAUCGACCAAUAUCGUACCGCCGAACGCGAAUCAAACUAAAACGCCACCAACUACCGGUCUCCACGCAUAAAUGCCCAGCGCUAAUAGCUUCGGAGACAGGAAAGUUGUUUUGAAAUUUAAUACAUUUUUUAAAUUUCACUACAAAGUAUUUUUUCGCAUUUCAAAGUGCUAUUCUUCCUUCCAACUUGGAAAACUGCGGAAAAAAAUCGCACACACAAAGGAAAAGCGCAUCCUCAUAGUUUUUAUUAUUUUUUUGCGGACGGUCAUGCGCGACCGAUUUGUUUUGAACCAUUUUGCGAUUUACUCGCCUUAUUAUCGGGCAAAGUUUUGUGGUAAUGAUUUUGUAUUUGAUAUCAGUCCACAUUUAACCUGGGUGUUCCCUCUCUCCUUCAUUUCUCUGUCAAUGAACGACAAGAAAGUGCAUCAAAAAGCUAACUCUGCACAACCCUUAACGUCGUUCCAUCCUUUCGCCCCCAAAUGGGAGUCUCUCGCGAGCCGGUGAACUAGCGGGGCUAAUUAAUUAACUUUUUAAUAUCUUCAACUUUUCUCCACAAUCAAGCGGAUGAAGCCAAUGCACCCGGCAAAACAAUAGUGCCGUAGUGCGUGCGCUGGUGUGGUGAAACAAUGGAACCGCGUAUGCUGUGUGUUGCGUGUCAUCGGGCACAAAACCUACCGUCCCAUCGGGUUUGAUCUGUUUUUUUUUGUCUUCUUCGUAUCGCAGAUGAACUUUUGCAGAAAGUUCACUUUCAUCGCUAGCAUCGCCGGUGACGGUCGAUGUUUGGGGGGGGGUGUAGAAAUCAACCAAAGGAGAAACCCUCCAAAGCUCCAGAUUGAAGGCGGCGCAACUAAAUUAAAUGUUGUUGUGUCAGUAUUAACAAGCUUCGUUAGACGAGGAGUUCAAUACCUGGAAUAGGAAGGUCUAGGUUUGAGCAUCUUAGCCUAACUACUCUUACACACAUAUUCGAUCUGUCUCGCUUAGAGGAAACCUCGAGAAUUUCCAGGUCCUAACUCACAACAGCACUUUCAAACUGGACGUUCCAUCUACGUCUUCGAUUCUCGUACUUUGUCCACUUCUUUCUGCUCCCCAACAUAACUACUGCCAAAGGUUCUAUCGCCUAGCGGUUGUUUUAUGAUUGUAAACUCAUCAAAACGGACCCGCCCGUUAGCUUGCUGAUCAUUUCCUACCAAAAGAGCAUUACGCUGAUGAUUGCCCAGUUAGGCAACUGCUCUGAUUGCUCGUAAAACAAAGAUUUAGAUCGAAAAAUGGAAUUUUUCACUUGGCAAAUUUUCUUCUCAUGUUCUUUUCCUGUCCAGUUUAAAGCAUUUUGAUUCUGUGCGCCAAACUUCUCGUGCAGUUCCAGAACCAGUUCUGACGUCUGUUAAAUGAAACAGCACGCAAUUCAAAACGGGUAAGGUAGUAAAACGCUUACAAUAAGCUCUCAACAAAAUAAAAACUUACCACGUACUGCGAUGGGAGCGUUUUCCGUUCUGUACUAUUGUAGGCUAGAAUUCACUCUAUUUUAAUGUUUGCCGUAAAAAAUGGUUUUAAUAACUUAACGACCUUACUUAUUAUUAUCUACUCACUUUUUAAAAUAUUUUAGUUACUGUAUAGCAUUCAAAGAAGAACCAUUUGAAAAUCAGCUAUAUUAAUUUUAUGUAAAUAUUUUAUCUUGGGAAAAAAUUCACCCCUAACCGAAUGCUACUCCUUCCCAGUCUUUGGUACGAAGCGCAUCAAAAGCUUUGAUUCAAUUAAUUCAUAUUUUCUGCUGGCUAGAAAUGGAAAUAAUGAACAGCUUAGUGGCGUUUGUAGCAAUCAACAUUUAAUGAACCAUAAGCCACUUCUUUUCCUUACACACUUUCACUUUCAUUAUAACUGGAUGUAAGCUAACGAGCAUAACUGUGGAAACCCAAGAUGGUUAGGGUUAUAUCUACAUCGGUAAUAAAUUUAUUUGACAGCCACAUGAGGCUAUCAUCUCUGGGAGUGCUCUCAAGUGCUUGUAACUAGUGACCUAUUCUUGUCUGUAAUAUCUCCGAUUCUACCUUCAGACUCUUAUUAUCAGAUUCUUAAAAAAGAUUGACACACUUCAUUAUCGCUACAAAACGAUCGACCCGCGGCACAUGAAACCUUUUAGUGUACUGCGAGACCCAAAUUCUGACAACUUCUCAGUCCCUUUAACAGGUGACAUAUCUAAGACCUGGGAAAUCAUCUUCCCCUGGGUUAAAUCUGCCGAUGUCUGCUAUUCUUAAGCAGCGGGCUUAUGAUUGCACGGCUGUGCAUUAGCAAUUUUCUCCGGAAGUUCCAAAUUCCGUUAAUGAUGCAACAAUGGACGGGACUGAGAAUUUCUGCUGGGAAUAACACACGCACACACGCCUACACUGUCCAGCUGAGCAACUAAAACGGCGGGUGGCUGAGAAAUGGUACGACCGCCCAAAUGUCGACAAAAUAUUUGAACACUCCACUUUAGCUUGUCCUCACGUGCCUAGAUCUCUCUCCCGCCCCGAAACUUCCCGACCGUUAGUACGUACCUACCGAAAAUUUUAGCCAGCGAACUAGAUUCCAAUUAUUCUAACGGCGCCCGUUAGAGAUGGCCCGGUUAUUUUUUGUUUUGCGGGACGACUUUAGGUAGAGUUUUUCGGGAGACUCUGAAGGCACGUUUCCGGGUGCGGUCUAGCGUCUAUUUUCUGAGUGCCAAAUGAAAAAUAGGUUAAUCAGUAAUUACCGAUGAUGAAACCAGCGAGGCUAUGAUUGAUGAGUGAGGGUUUUGGGGCAAUUGAGCUUUUUUUUGUGCAACUGCUGUGAUGUACUGCACUGAUGACGCUUCGCCCGGGCUGAUAAUGGAUGAAGCAAUGAUGUAAUGAUUGUUGAGCAGUUUUGUUAAGCUGCUAGCUGCGCUUGUUUUCAAUUUAGAGCAACCCAUUGGUCACACGUUCUUAUGAAUGGCCAUUCGUGUAGGUUUGAAUUUGCCGAAUGACAUGGUUUAGUUACCUCAAGUAAUUUAUUUCCUGGAUAUGUUUCUGGAUCUCUCGAUGCUUACUGCUAGUUUGGACCUCCUACAUUAAAUGAUUCUUAUAUGAGGCGCUGCUAUAUUAAAGUAAAUUGUCCUAAAAUCUAUAACAAAACACAAACAUUUGGACCCCAAUGCUUUCAGUGUACCCAAAAUUAAGACAUCAUCUCCUGAAGACUAAAUUCGCAACAACAACAAAAACAUUCGAUUUAAUUCAUAGUCUGUUUGAAACACGUACUCUAUUUCCUCAUUUGCAUUUAGCAAACGCUAAUGGAGCUACGCUAAUUUCGAUCAAUGAAAGUAAAACAAUCGGCAAUGUGCACACACAGCACUGGUAAAAGGUUUCCACUCGUCAACCUUUCAUUUUCCACAACCACUAACCAUCAGUCGAUCAAAAUUUAAAUACUCGAGCCAGUUCCUUACCCACCCAUCGUCCAUUAGCACGGAUCUUUGGGUUAAAGUUCACGUCAUCAAACUCGACCCUCCACAUACACGGGACAGUCGUUAACCAAGCAUGAAAAGAGGAGAAGACUCCAAAUGCUUCCCGACGGCAAAGCUUUAGUACUCACCGUUCACGUUAGCUUUUCCAAACGUCGGGAAAUUCCGCUCACUAAGCUACGGCAGCGGCAGCGUUCACAAUCCCUCCCCUUAGCAAAGCGGCGGGGGUGAGAAAACCACCCUCGCAAGCUGUGGAAAAGCAAGUACGCGUGUUCUCCCCCGUUUGGUACCUAUGACAAGCAAGAGAGAAACAUCGUCGGAAAAACACCCCGACUAAAGAGAGGCCUGGCAUGGUGCGAGAGCAUAAACAAACAGAAACCACCAAUAGCCUGCGGUGGCUGCAGCAAUUUAUUACAAUUUCACCCUUUUCCCAGUUCGGUCGUGCCUUCGAUCGUGGUUAGACGCUUGCGCACCUGGACGGUCACGUUUAAGUCAUGUCUGUGUUGACGCUCGCCUUAGGCAAAGGAGCCUAGUUAGGGGAACCGUUCAGUGAUUGAAUCAUUUGCUGACGAUCAAUUGACAGCCGUACAGAACAAACUAGUGAAGUGAUCAAAUGUACUGCAAAGAAGAGUGAUUUUUGGAGCUGCUGUUAAAUGCCAUUUGCGAUAAGCCUAUCGAAGGUCGAUAACGCAAAAUCAAGGAAGAGCAUCUCACGUUACGUGAACUUCGACGACCUCGUGCAAAUUAGCAACGCUAAGAGCAACGCUACGCGUUAAAAAGCUUCCACAUUGUACGAUCUUCCGAAUCGGGCACUUCCUGCGGAUGCCGAUGCGGUGAUCGAUGUAGUCGCAUUCUCUAGUGCAGAUAGCUACGAUAGCCCGCGGUCGUACCGCUGAUCGGUGCGGUUCGAACGGGUAGUGGUUACGUUACGUGACGCCUUCGACACAAUAAUAUAGCUCUCGCUCUGCGCAAGACGGUGCACCGUGUGGUGGCAUGUGUGAAUGAUAAUUACGCGCCGUUACAGGCAAGCGUGCGGGACCACUUCGAAAGAAAAGUGAUGUCUGGGGUGCCCCUCGGUGAAGGAAAUCAAAUUUUAAUCACCCUCGACACUACCACCGCACAUCAUCUAAUCACUCGGUGCGUUGCGGGCACGCAUCGGUUGCCGCAGCGAAAUCAGGUGUGAUUUAAACUAAGACCCAAAUGUGACCGACCCAAACACGAACCCCCGGCGCCUCCUCCGACCGCCUGUUCAAAUCGUAGUGAAUGAAAAUAACGAAAAUUAUUUUGAAAUCAGUUUUUCAUUUCCCGGGUGCGGAGUUGAUGGUAAAGUGGUGCGUGAAGUGAGCGCUACACGAAACGCUAUUUCGGUGAUGGUGCAAGUCUUUUGAAGAACCUUAAUCCGUAAUCGAUCGUGAAACGAUUUUGCACUUCAAAAGAAUCACGUCGUCUGUGUUGUAGCCAUAGAGAAACUUCAGCUUAUGCGAGUAGUGUGCAAAGAUCCGAAGGUGUGAAGUGCUCCAAUUUCUCAAUAUCUCGGCCAAAAUCCCAAGUUACCUUCGAGCGAAACAUAGUGUUCGAAGGGAGUGACCAACGUGUUUUUUCUCCUUCGAAUAGAAUACUAAUCGGAACGUGUUGGAGGUGUUGAGUUUAUCUAUGGUACUCUUAACACAACACUCAACCGACAAGCGCAUACCACGCACCACCAGAGAGUUCCGAAUCCGGAUAACGGUGCUAUUUCUAGUGGGCAUCGAUGUGAACAAUGUCGUCAGCCGUGGGUUAUAACACCUCGGGCUCGAAACCGAUUCGGCACGAUUGAUCAGCGACAGUGUCACACUGAUCGUGGCCAGAGUUAUACGCCAACCUCGUAAUGUACACGUGCGCAAAGUCUGUAUGGCGUAAUCUCCACUACCGUAGCGGAAGGACUUAAUUGAAGAGCUUACGUAUUCUUCUGCCCUGCCGAGGUACCUUCCUGACCUAUGGUAGCAAAACAGGUAGUGUGUCCGAAGCGUGGAGUGCGUCCGAUCUCUAGUCGGGUCUGGAAUCGAUCAGCUGCGAAUAACAUUAGGAUCCGCUAGCAACCCCUUAGCUUCCGGUAAGCGGAGCACCAGUAGUGGUUCGUGGAUCAUACGAUCGAGCAUAAGCUCGUUGGUUGAUUGAAGUAUAAUGAGUGUUGACUGAAGUGUGUUUACGUGAUUUGUAGCUGGUUGGGUCACAGCUAACCAGCCCGUAACAUAAUACAAUCUGAAAACAGAAAAUUUAGAAGCUGCGAGUGUACGCUCAGUGAGGUGAAAGAAUGUGAGCAGAUCGUGUGUGCAUUCUGUCAGCAUCAAAUGUCAAUUAGUUUUCGCUCAGAAUAGCAUAACUAACCGCGUAAAGGAAAUCCCCCCCGGGCAAGGCUUGUUACAUGUUCUACGGUCCGGUGGUGGUAUAUACGAUUCGCUAUGGUAGCGUUUUAAGUGGCCAAGUGAGUGAGUGUGUGUGAUCCUAGAAUUGCUCAUGCGUGACGUGUGAACAAAGUGUCCCGGACCCUCCAAAAAACAAAAGGUCUGAAACCCUUCGAAAACCAUAACGUAAAACACUCAGUGGCAGUGGUUUUCUGUAGCUCCAGAACGAAAGUGAACGUAACGAGAUACAUCCGAUUCGGGCUCGGAUGUCGUUGGUGUGACGGGUUCCUUAGGUGGAACCGGGUCCCGGGUGCAAGUGUCAGUCCCAUCGUACCGGGGAGCAUCGUUCACAGUGUGUGGCAGACGUCAGUAAGCUAAAACUCCCCGAACGGAUCACCGAACGAACGACAGCCGCUAAUUGGAUUCUGUGUGCGGAGUUCUGGAAGGCCACUCUCGAACGACGUCUCGCAAACGGAUGUGUGCCUUUUCGAUCGCACCAAAGGCCUCAUAAACAAACGCCACGAUCAUAACGCAAACCGGUCAGUCUGUCCUCAUGCAAUACCCGAUCGUGGCCGGUCCGGUUACCGCCACCGGUAAGGUCGUGGCACUGCACAAAUCAAUCGCUGGCGUGUAGAAUACAUGCCGUCCAGUUCGGUAGUGUACCAUUCGCUCGAACGGACGCACCAGCACAAAACCUUACACAUUGCUUGCGGAUAAGCGGAAGGGUUUCCGUCGCGUGCAGUUUCGUCGACUCUAGACCGAUCCACCCCGAGAGAUGAUUUGUACGGACGACUGCACCUGCAGCUUGUGCAGGGAAUUGCGUGGAUAUAAGCUGAAAGUGAAACCAACCAAAGCGACCGAUCAGCGGUCGUACGCCGAUAGCGGAAAUCAUCAGGCACAGCAGUCGCAAUCGAAGUAUUGCAAAAACGCCAAACUAACGCGCAAUGAUAACUUCAUCCUGCGACGUCGCACCUCGAACGAUUACCAACGAUCGCCGGAUGGACGGCAGGCGUCACUGAGCGUGCUGCCAACGGGUGACGACACGUACGAUCCCGAUCCUGGCUACGGUCAGCCAGGAAUGGAAGACCACCAGGGCCAUCGGGAUUCGCGCUACGGUCAAAUGCAGAGCAAUCGGAUGAAGAAGGCACAAAGCUACAAUGAAAUACCGAGCGUGGGUAACGGUGCUGGACGCACCCGAUACCAUCCGGGUGCACUGAGCUCAAAGAUGAUCAAGAGCACUAACAAUCUGACAGAAGAGGACGAUUAUUAUAGCUACCUGCCACCGUCUCCUCCACCGCCCGUCACCGGGGCAGGCCCUUCGAUGAAGAACAAAAUCGAAAAGCAGAAAGAUCACAAGGUGAUCAUUUACUUCGGUGACUCGAUCGCGCACAGGAAAAGCGACAAGACCCGUCCGGCACCGCCACCACCGUCGGGCACUCCGCCACCGCCCAAGGUUAGCGAGCUGAACGUUUUUCACGCGCAGCGUCUGUGCGAGGAAACGGCAGAAAUGUUGCAGCAACGUGAGGGAGGCAGUAGCAGUGCCGGAAGCAGCCAUUGUGGAGGCGUUCCAAGCCGUCCAACCGUGCGCGAGGCACUGGAAAAGAAGUCCGAGCCUGCUAAUGGUAAACCGGGCAAGGAGUUCAUGAUGCAGCUAAAGUCCGUGCUGGAGGAAAAGAAUCGCGGAGGUUCGGCAGCAAGCGAAUCGCAACCAUCGUCCAGCGGUGUAACCGUACCGAUCGGUACCGCAGAACCUACAGCCACUGCCAGCCAAAGUGGUCAGGAGGAAUUACGACGACCAAGUCAAGAAACAAAGCCCAAACGAACGCACACACAGGUGGUGGAGAUACGGCGCGUCGAUAAGACGGUGGCAACGGAUGGAGCAACGGACACUUCGCUACCGUCAUUUGUCGAGAGCGUCAUUAACGGUGUCAUCAACAUCAAGAUUGAGGAAAGCUUCAAGGUGGCAUCGGAUAUUGUGCAGGCCGUGUUUGAGGAUCCGGGACCGGACGGAGGCACAGAGUAUGGCUACGAUGAUGACGAUGUUGGCGAUCCGUUCGAUUGGAGCUUCGUGCAGAACUGGAGAGCACGACCUUCCGGUACGGCUGUAACGAGCGGGCAGGUUAGUUCUCCGCCCAACACGUCCAGCAAUCAGAGCAGCAUCGGUCUCGCCAACAACCCAACGCACAAUGGUUCCAGCGCGAUCAGUGGUGGUGGUGGCAACUAUCCAGCCAGUCCUAAUGGCUUAUCGCCAGGGAACCAUUACAUAGCGUCAUCCAAUCCGGUUGCCUCGCCCGGUGCCCGCAUCCAGAGUCCGGCAAUCGCAACACCGGCUCCGAGAGUUUCUAAAGAAAUCGCUCUCCGUCCAGCCAAUGGGAAUGGUGACAUGCGUAACUUUAGCUUAUCUCCAGUCAACCAACAGUCGGGUGUUGGUGGACAGCCCACCGUAGAAAGCAACCUACCGAACUCACAAUCUAACGACGGCAACAGAAAGUUCCAUCAGCUUGCGGGACAGCAAGGCGGUUUACAACAUGGGCAAUCGCAUCCACUGGCCGGUGGUGUCCAUCAUCAACACCAUUCGCAGCAGCAACCGCAACAUGCGCAACAUCUGCAGCAACAGCAACAACAUCAGCAACACCAUCAGCAACAGUCCGGACCACAUCGUUCGGUGGCCGGUCCGACAAAGCUUACCGUUCAAAGCUCCCCUGUAAAGGCCCAGCCAGCAAUGGUAAGUGCCGGAUUGGACAAAUCGGUGGUAAAUUCCACCGGAAAUGGCAGCUCGGGCAACAACGACCUCAACAGCAAACGUACCGUUAACGGAAACGUGAUCAGUAGCGUUACCACGAUCAACGAGCAGCUCAACACGGGCAGCAAUAGUACGAGCAGUGGCAGUAGCGUAAGCCACCUAAAGCAACACUUCUCCCAGAGUCAUCAUGCUGUGCCGGCUUCGUACCAGGUGGCAGCUUCUACCGCGGUAAGCGGCAGUGCCGGAACAGCACAGCCCGGUACACAUUUGGCCAGCCCUGUUUCGAAGGGAGCCCCAUCGUUGGGGAUUACUCGAACGCACCAUCAUACCGGAACGCACGAUUUCCGAGGACUGCAGCGUGUUAACGAAUGUCACAGCUCGUCCGAUGAGAACCGCUCAUCCGGUCACGCCAGUAUGUCCGACACGGGCCACGGCAGUAGCUCGCCGGGAGGUGGCAACCGUACCGGCGGUCCGCUGGGCCCGUUGCCCGAGGAUCGUCUAGCGGCCGGUGUUACCAAUCGUAGUGCGCGUUCGCGAGCCAGCUCAAACCAUUCGCGCUCGCGGCACCGUGCCACGCCGGCCAAAAUACCGUGGGGCGGUGGCGGUCUGGAGGACAUCAAGAUGGCCAUCCAACAGCUGACGAUGCGUUCGCAUACGUCCACCUCGACGUACAGCAGUCUUAGCGCGGGCUCGGAAAGCUCGGAACCGGUGCGUCGGCUGGGCCGGUACAGCUCACUCGAGACGGUCAACACGAACGUGACCAGCGCGGAUGAGUUCGUUUGGGUCGAUUCGCACAAUCGAUUGGUGGAGCUGCAGCAUCCACCCUGGAGCCAGCACUGUGUGCUGCGCGUCAUUCGGACCGGACGCUGCCGCGAGUACGCAGAGCGGGUGUCCGUCGAAGCCGUACCACGUCUCGGAUAUUUACUGCAGCGCGCACUGGUACGUGUGGCCCGCGAGGUACAGCGAUUGUCCGGUAGUUUGGGCCUGUGCUCCAAGCACGAGGUGGCCGGUGCGUUCAAAAUCGUCCUGUCGCCCGCUUUAUCGGAUUCCUGCAUUAAGGCAUGUUUGCGAGCCGCCGCCAUGUUUGCCGUGCCGGGCGAUAGUGCACUGAAGCAGAGCAAAUCGGCUCGCGCUGGUUUGCAGCUGCCGGUUGGACGAUUCCACCGUUGGAUGGCCGACGCACGGUUGGGACGCUUCGUGCAUGAAUACGCCGCCGUAUAUUUGUGCGCCGGGUUGGAAAAUUUACUGGAGGAGAUAUUCCUACAGUGUCUCCCGACCGAUCCCGGGGCUGCCCUGACAGCGACCGGCCUAGAGCAUGCGAUCGCCGGUUCCGGGGACUUGUGGGGAUUGUUACAACCAUACGCACAUUUGAACGCAGGACGGGUCGCAUCGGGUGCCCUCACGAUGCCCCGUUGGGCUAGCCAAUCGUCUAUCAACUCGGGUGCGGUCGGUUCUAAUGCACUCGAGCCAUGUCUGCUGACCACCUGCGUUGGAAGUUUGAACGAGUUGAAAGACCUGGUCGGACGGGCGCAGCAACGUAGCCAGCACAUUCCCAUCUCGCAGACCGCGUUCCGCGUACUGUUCUACUUCAUGCGAUGCUCCCAGCUCGAGCACAACGAUGUAGGAGCCGCCACCAACGGUGCCGUCAACAACAUACAGGAACUGUGCUACGAACGGGCCUAUGUCGUAUUGCCACCGCUAGUCGAAUGGCUUCGGGUAUCGUCCGCACACGCCGAGUAUCGGCACGCGUUACUCAUCGACAAGGAUGACAUUAUGCAGGCGGCCCGAUUGCUGCUGCCAGGUGUGGACUGUCCACCUCGAUUAAUCGCUUCGGAAGAAGAGCUACCCUCCAAGAGGACAGCACUAUCCGGUACACAGAGCAUCAGCUCGUCGAACCAUUCCGGACAGACACAACCGCUCCACGGUUCCUUGACCUCAAACUCAUCCACAUCGACGACGAGCAGCAUUGAAGACUCGAGCGAAUGUGGACGGCGUGCGACGUACGCGUUAGCCUUCCGGCUAAUGCUAACCGGUCGACCAGAGCUGCUGAUACAGGCACUCUCAUUAGUCCCACCGACGACACGCUACGACACAUUGAACCACCAAGGAAUGACCGCACUAAUGAUAGCUGCUGCGCGUAAUGAUGAAACGGCCCUACAAACGCUGCUAGAUGCCGGUGCCGAUCCGAACGUCGAGGUACCUGCCUCAGGCCAUCCGAACUGUCCGGCGAUCCAUCCGGAAACGCAACACUGGACAGCGGUUACGUUUGCGGCCUGCAAAGGCAACUACCAGGCAUUGCGCAUUCUGCUCGAUCGUGGCGCCCAUGUCGAAGGUGGUGCUCGGCUCAGCGAAGACAAGUGCACACUGACCCCACUACAGGUAGCUAGCGGGUCGGGCAUUGUGGAGGUUGUGGCUCUUCUGCUCGCCCACGGUGCCCACGCCUUCCUAUCCACACAGCAGAAGGAUCUUCUAUGCUUCUCGGGCACGGCCCAACGAGGAUGCUACAGUGCUAUCUCGGUAUCGGCCGCCCAUGGACAACGGGUAACGUUGAGGAAGCUUUUGUCACAUCCAUUGGCACCGGGUAGCAGGGAGGUGUUGUCGCUGGAGGAAAUGCUUGCGGAAGGAGACGGAGGAAAUACGCGCACCCAGCUCGAUCGUCAACCGGAGGCCCCACCGACACUGAACAAAACCCAAAUCAAAAGUCUUCAAGAGGCCAUGUAUCAUAGUGCUGAAAAUAAUCAUUUAGAUAUUACCAUCGAGCUACGUGCGCUAGGUGUACCGUGGACCUUGCACUGCUGGAUGCACGCCCUGGCCGCCGCCCAUGAGCUGCGUCUCGAUGCCGUCAUUGAUCAGCUGCUGCAAGAUUUUCUGCAAGUUUGUCCCGACGACUACAGCCAGCAGUUUGUCACCGAAUGUUUGCCACUGCUGUUUAACAUUUUCCGCUACAGCAAGAAGGAAGGCACCACACUGCUGUUGGCCGAUAUCUUCAGCACCUGCUUCGGCUGGGAACCGAUCAAACCGAUCAAAGAGCCCGUCCUGCAGCCUUCGAACGGAUCGCGCAUUGAUCCCAAGUUCGUCAACAACCCGGAGCUAAGCGAUGUCACAUUUCGAGUGGAAAAUCGUAUCUUUUAUGGGCACAAAAUCGUUCUCGUCACCGCAUCUCCGCGUCUGCAGAGCAUGUUGAGCUCGAAGCUGAACGAAGGCACCGGCACACCGACCGUGCAGAUCAACGACAUUCGGUACCAUAUAUUCGAGUUGGUGAUGCAGUUCCUGUACAGUGGAGGAUGUAGCGCCCUAGAUGUGGCAGCAGGAGAUGUGCUGGAGUUGAUGGCAGCGGCCAGUUUCUUCCAGCUGGAAGGUCUUUUGCGGUACACGGAGGCACGCUGUGCUGAGAUGAUCGAUAUCGACAAUGUGGUCGCCAUGUACAUACAUGCGAAGGUAUAUAAUGCCCAAAAGCUGAUGGAAUAUUGUCAGGGUUUCCUGCUACAGAACAUGGUAGCUCUUCUGACGUACGACGAUUCAGUAAAGCGGUUACUGUUUGCCAAGAAAAUCCCCAACCAUGACGUGCUCACGGGUUUGCUGACCACGCUGCAAUCACGCAUCAAGGCACGACGAAACAGCAGUUCAGCGUCGAGUGGAGGAGGAGUAGGGGGAAAUAAUGCACCUGUAACUGGUCCUACCACCACAUCACCCAAUGCAGCACAAGUUAACCGCUCAUCUGCGAAGUCCGCUAAGUAGACUUGCAUUAAGGCACCAUUUUUUAUAUAUUUUAUUCAUCACUAUCGUCAUCACGUUCUGGUUCUGGUGUCUGUCCCGAGACUCAAACCAUGCACUGAUUGCAACACAAAAAAUAUAUGCUAUUGCUCUACCCUUUGUACUACGAUUUUAGUUGUGUUUUGGAACAGAACGGAAGUGACGAUAUUUGUAAUCGAAACAUAAAGUGUACAUUACUAUCCUAUAUACUAGACCUAGGUAGUACUCUACAUAUACUUUCAGAGCAUAGGAACAAGAACACAAAUUGCAGAUUAAAGAGCAAUAGUUAUACGUACUUUACCGAAAAUAUACAUAAUGUUAAACACCUCUGAGA